ACCACACACACACCCACCUCCUCUGUCUGCUCUUCACCAACCGAUGCCCUCUGUCGCCAAUGCUUCCGGCAGCGGCGAGCCGACGCUGUCCGAGGAGUUCAUCCAGGAAUGCUUCCACUCGUACCUCAAGUCGUCUUUGUCCCACGCGAAGGUCGAGGGUCUCCUCGACCCUGACAUGCUCUCGAGCGCAGAGGCCGAUCUCAUGAUAACCGGCCCCGCGCUGUGCCUCUACUUCGCCGCACUCCGCUCCACCACAAAUCCCCCAUCCGUACCUCUUCCGCGUCGUGCAAAGAGCGGCGCAGCUCUUCCAGCGACCGACCUCUCCCUCACGAACUGCCCGCCCGCCUUCCGCCCCUUCCUCAUCGUCUGGUCGCAGCUCGUGCCCCAAAUCCAGGGCCUCACGCCCGAGUAUCAGCACGACCUCGCGCGCAUCAUCUGCAACCUGCCCCCGCUCACCACCCCACUCAACCCGCGCCUCAACGGGCUCUCCGCGGACAUGCGCGCGGUCGCGAUCGAGAUCAGCAUGCGGCGCACCUUCCAGGAAAAGUACGCGGACGACCUCCAGGCCGCGCUCGACACGGGCCCGAGCCGCGGCGAGCGCCGCCUGAAGGCGAGCUUCAUGCCCCCGCCGAGCUAUGACGAGAACGGCGCCGGGCCGGCCCCGAUCUCGCCCUCCGCGUCUGCGCACUCCCUCGAGCCGCCCUCGCCCGCACCGUCCUCACGCUUCUCACAUUCACGCACGUCCUCACGCACCUCCGCUACCACCUCAUCCCCGCGCACCUCCGCAUACCUCUCAUCACCCCCCACCUCGCCCUCCCCACUCCCACCGUCAAUAUACAGCCAAAACCCCCCAUCACCCACGAUCCUCGCCGAGGACAAGCCCGGGAUUGAGUUCGUGCGCGAAACACUGUAUGCCGCGCUCGCCGACGUGCUCGAGCGGCGGCCGCACCUUCGCACACUCAUGCGCGCCGACGCGCCCCGCGCGUACUUCGCCGCCGUCGCCUUCGCCAUCCUCGACGUCGCCGCCUCCGCGACGCGGCACGACCCCACCUCCAAGGCGCUCGCCGAGGUCUUCCCGCGCGCCGAGGAGCCCGUCAUCCGUGGGGUGCUCGGGCAGACGCUCGCGCUCUCCGAGUGCCCCGCCGCCCUCAAGCCGUUCAUGGCGGAGCUGUGCGCCAUUGGCGCCGCGGCUCAUGCGAUGGAGGAGGAGGACAGCGAGGCGACCGUCGCUGCGCUGCAGGCGGGAGCGGAACCUCCCGUCCCGCGCCUAGAGCGGGUGCGCGAUAUCAUCGAGGGCGGCGUUGGGCACGCAUUCGCGGACAGCGUAGAACGCGGGUCGCGCGGCGCCCCUGGGGACCCUCAAAGGAGGAGAACGAGCACGGCGGGUCGCGCGGUGACGUUCGCGAACCGGGUGAACGCGCUCGCGCUCGCGAUGACGAAGCUGCGCGCGUUCAAGGAGCGGCAGGAGAUGGUGUUCAAGGUGCUUGCGGGGGUCGCGGGGUAGUGCAUUCGCCUGGACUUGGACAUCUUGUUUUGACUCGAUCGUUGGACCUUGUACGCUUUCGCUGUGUUUUGUCGCGCAUUAGCUCGCUGUUGUAGGAUUACUAGUACUAUCGCAUAGUCAUACCCUAUACCGUAUACCUAAUCAUGGGAUCUGACCCCCUUCGAGCCAGUUGGAAAUCGAAGCUACUGUGCGCUUUUGC